CCGAAAAAACCGAAAUUUUUGUCACAAAAAUCGAAAAACCAAUCUGAAAAAUUGCCAAAACCGUGAAACCGAAAAACGCAAUGCCCCCCUCACUCAGCGUAUAAAUUAGAUUCUCUGGUCUCGAAGCAUAUGAUGUUACGAUAGCACUUGCAGAGCUAGCGCACUUUCCAAGCCAAGAAUGAUUUUUGUCAAGGUUACAUUCUGUCUGCUCUAUUGCAGCUUGACUUUUCAAACUGCAAGUCUUGAAAGCAGCAUAUCAAAAAACACUCCCGAUACUGCGACAUCAAGUAAGUGCCACAACGUUCACUUCAACAACUAUUAUUCUGGACCAGCAAAUAAGGGCAUCAAGGCACAUCUUCUCAAAAUCGAAAAUCAACUCGCAAAUUUAGAGAAAAGAAUCGAUGCUUUGACAAGAAAUAAAACAACUCCGCCAGCAACUAUGAAAAACUGUGCUGAGCUGUAUGAAUCUGGUGAAACAGUCAGUGGAGUUUACACAAUCGACCCCGAUGGUUUGGGUUCCUUUGAUGUGUUUUGCGAUCAAAACUCUGCCCGUGGGGGCUGGACAGUGUUCCAGAAGAGACUCGAUGGCUCCGUUGAUUUCAUUAACCGCGACUGGGCGGGCUUCGGAAACCUGAAUAGUGAGUUUUGGCUCGGACUGGACAAGAUACACCGCCUGACCAAAACAAAGAGCAGACUACGAGUGGAGCUUGAAGACACGCAAGGAAAGACAGCUUACGCAGAAUAUGACAUGUUCUCUGUUUCCAGCGAAAGAAACAAAUAUAGACUUGGUCUUGGAAACUAUACAGGAACUGCUGGUGAUUCUUUGAGUUUUCAUCGUAACAUGGCAUUCUCCACCAAAGAUCGCGACAAUGAUAAUAACUCAGCAGGCAACUGCGCCACAAAGUAUAAUAGCGCCUGGUGGUACGAUAGCUGUGUCCGUGCCAAUUUAAACGGUUACUAUUACCACGGAUCGCAUACUUCGGCAGCUUGGCGUGGAAUCAACUGGAAUACAUGGAAGAGUCAUAGCUACUCCGCUAAGAGAGCUGAAAUAAAGAUCAGGCCCGUAAUCUUUUAAACUAGAAAUAAGACAAAGAAAUCCUCUGUAUCAGCUUUACCAGCUUUAUUCAUAACUAAGGAAUAAAAAGCAAAGUGUAACGUUAAGCUACAUGGGCUUGAGAGAAUGUAACGGGUCUCUGGCAUGAAACAGAUUAAAAACAAA